GAUACAAGGUGACUUCUGAUUGGUUGUUAGAAGGCCCUGCCUACACAAAAUACUGUUGCUAGGAUACGUUGUACACAGACCCGGGCUGAAAGCAGCAGUACAGGAUGGCCACUCACUACAGCGCUAACCAGUACCAGAGCGCUUUCACCCCCAAACAGCUUCAGAGUUGGAAUGUUCCCAAGGCAUACAAGGAGCGCCCCUCCGACCAUGACGGCUACACGCAGUUCAUAGCCAAUGAGCGGGGCCACUUGCUUCCCGGGGUCCCCCGGUCACAGAAGAACCCAUGGGGGACCUUUAUAGGGACCUGGGAUCUGCCCACCAAAAUCCCCCCCUCCAAGGUGAGUCUGACAUCCCGCUCAGCAGUGGCCUCCCGGCGCCUCACCAACUGGAUCCAGAACUCAGAAGCGCUGCUCAGCGCCUGCAAUGGACUCCACCCGCACAUCUCCGGCAAGGCUUCAGGGCAGACACACAGCCUGAGGGACAGCAGUGAGGAGACGCAGCAAGAAAAGGCCAAGCAAACAUCCCCUUCCCGACCUGGGAGCCAGACGGGGCAGCCCUAGCAACGCCAAUAGGGAACAGCCCUAGCAACGCCAGUACAGCCCAGAGAGGGAUCAUCCAGCAGGGAGGCUUCUCAAGCCCACCCAGAGGAACCUUAAUGGUGGGACUUGUGCAAAUGCUGGAAUGUACCAUUGCCCCUUACAAUAAACAGACUUGGUUCCGUUCCCCAAAUCAUGUGCCUUUUGGGUCAGACCAUCUCAGCUUCAGUACAGGUAUAGGAACCGUUAUCCAGAAUGCUCGGGACCAAGGGUAUUCCGGAUAAGGGGUCUUUCUGUAAUUUGGAUCUCCAUACCUUAAGUCUACUAAAAAAAAAUCAAUAAAACAUUAAUUAAACCCAA